GACAGUAAACAAAGCGGUAACAUUAAACAGAGCUCUCUCUCACUGUUAGGCUUUGACUCGAAGUGUCUUUUUUCUUCUUCUCUCACUUCAUGUAUUGGUUUCCAGCAUUUGUCCUUAAAAGGUAUCAUUGACAGCAAUUGAAGAAAAAGUAAGGGAAAUAGCUGCCAUGUUAGAUUAGCUAUUUGCGGGAAACAAACACCAAAGAAAGUAAUAUUCAUCUAUUAUUAUUUGCAAAACAGAGCAAUUGGCAAUGGUUUGCAGGUUUCAACUCUUUCAAGCUCUAAAACACUAAAAAUGCAGUAAAAAGAAACAAGCUUUGUCAGUUUGUCUUAUCCUCUGAUAUACCUAGUCAUCUUCAUUGUCCUAAUGGUUUAAUCACCGUUGUUUUUUAAGUUAAACCUCUACUUGUAAACACAAAGUACCCUCCAUUAUCAGAUAUGAUUAUCUGCUACAUUUCCUAGAACACCUUUCUGGCAUAACCAAAAACCUAAGCUUUUUGAACCCAAUUUCAAGUUUAACAACAACAAAAAAGUUUGGGGUUUUCGAAUGGGGUGUGCUACUUCAAAGAAAGAGGAAGAAGAUGGUGUUGUGUCACUGUGUAAAGAGAGGAAACGGCUGUUGAAAUUAGCUGUGGAACGUAGAUAUUCUCUUGCAGAUGCUCAAUGUAAGUAUAAUCAGUCUCUUAAUGCGGUUGCAGCUGCCAUAAGGUUGUUUGUAGCAAGGCAUUCAUCUCCUUCUUCUCCUUUUUUAAUCACAUUCCCAGUUGGUUCCACUAAUGAGGCUGUUGAAACCCCUUUGGCUAAUCCUAUGUUUUUCAAGCAAAGACUAAGUGAACCCACCCAUGAAACCAUUCCUUGUCAAGCAUCUAUGUCUACAGUUUUUGUGAAGAGAGGAAAUGAGGGACAAGUACAAGGAGGUGGUGAUGAGGGUUGUGUUGGAUCCUCAGAAGGGGAACAAGAGAGUGAAGGGGAAGAAGAUGAGGUUAUUUGUGAGCAUUUUUAUGGUGAAAAGGCUCCACCACCAGCAAUGCCAUCACCGGAAGAGUUUGCUUGGGAUUUCUUUAACCCUUUUGAUGAGGUGAGGAGGGAAGAGGUGGUAAGCAGCAGCUUUAGUGGUAGUUCACAAGAGGAAUUGAGAGUGGUGAGAGAAAAAGAGGGAAUCCCUGACUUGGAAGAAGAUGGUGAGAGGGUUAUGAGUGAGAGAAGAGUUGAAAAUGUAACUAAUGCUGGUGAUGGUGGUGGGAAGAGUGAGAAUAAGAAUACAGAUAUGAGAAAUGGGGAUGACCAUGAUACAAAUAUGAGCCAAAGUGAAAAAAACAGUUUCAGAAUGAUUAAUACACCGACAGCCAGUAAUGAAAGAGAGUUAUUGGAAGCUUUGAAGGAUGUUAAGGACCACUUUAUUAGAGCUUAUGAAUCUGGUCUAGAUGUGUGUAGAAUGUUAGAAGCCAACAGAGUUCACUUGCAGUCUGGUUUGGAGGAACUCAAAGAGAGCUCGAAUAAACUUAUCCGGUCAAUUACAUGGAGCCGGUCUCCGUUAUCCCGAUCUUCAUCUUGCAAAAGCCUUGCUUCAUGUAGUUCCAGAAGUUCUUCUACAUGGACAGAAUUAAAGACUGAUAUAUUUGAUGAUUAUGGAGGAAUGGAAUCUGGAAGUCACUCACUGACCUUAGGAAGGUUGUAUGCUUGGGAGAAGAAACUCUACGAGGAAGUGAAGGCAGCAGAGCAGACCAGGAAAACCUAUGAACAAAAAUGUUCUCAAAUGAGAAACCGCAACACUAAACGAGAUGGCCUCUACUCUGGUGACAAAACUCGAGCUGAAGUAAAAGACUUGCAUAGCAGAAUCUUGGUUGCAAUACGAAGUGCAGAAACAAUCUCCGAAAGAAUUGAAAAACUGAGAGAUGAAGAGUUGCAGCCACAACUUACUGAGCUGCUACACGGACUAAUGAGGAACUGGAAGAUAAUGUUGGAAUCACACGAAACUCAAAACCGAAUCAUGUUUGAAGUAAAGUCUUUCAACUGUCCCACUUACGGAAAGUUUUGCAACGACUCUCACCGUCUUGCCACUCUUCAGCUCGUGGCAGAACUUCAUAAUUGGCGUUCUUGCUUUGUUGCGUAUUUAUGUUCACAAAAGUCAUACAUUGAAGCUCUUAGUGGAUGGCUUGCGAAGUUCGUUGCACCCGAAGUAGAAUUAUGCUCCAAGAAGAGGUCUUCGGCCCCUACAUUAAGAGUCAAUGGACCACCGUUAUUGGCAACUUGUCAUGAAUGGUUGGCUACCUUAGAGAAGUUGCCAAAAGAAGCUGUAAGUUGUGCAUUAAAAAGCUUUGGAAAGGAUAUGCGUGCGCUUUGGGUUCAACAAGGUGAAGAGCAAAAACAGAAGAGGAAGGUUGAUGGACUUGCCAAAGAACUUGAAAGGAAAGUCUCGGCAUUUCAAAGAACAGAAAGCAGGAUUCUCGGUUCGAAAUUAUCUGAGAAAGAUAUAGAAGUAAAUGUUCGGAACCGGAUUGAAUAUUUGGCUGAAAGAAAAACCAUGUUGGAUAUGUUGAGGAAAAGAAUCGAUGCUGAGAAGUUAAAACACAUCACAGUCAUGGAACAGACACAGCAGAUAACUGUGAAAGGAUUUCAAACUGGAUUUUAUUCGGUUUUUGGAUCCUUGGUUGAGUUUUCAAAGGCUUCCAUAAAAAUGUAUGCCGACCUAGUGACUUAUUGUGAAACUACUAAGGUACCCAAGAAGGAAGACGAAGAUGAACCGAGUUAUGUAGAAGAAAUGAGCUCUUAUCUAUGGGGUUGAAGCAGCUGAUCAAGGAAAUAAGUCUCCGAAACAGCUUGUUUCGGAAUCAUAUUUGUCGAAAGCUAUUGUAAGUAUUAAGUUUGAUGCUAAAGAGUUAAAAUUUUCUACAAA